AUGGAUGUGGAAAACGGGGCCAAUGAGGUUGAAAAUCUGGAAUAUGUGCCAUUGUUGUCGGUCCCUUCCUUACGUCCCGAUUCCCGUACCGAAGCAAUUCCUGAAGAGGAGUUCCCUGUGUCAGUGUUGUUCAAAGUUGUUUCUUAUUCUCGGUCCUUAGCCUUCCGGCUUCAGUACCGUUCCAGUGGAUGUAGAAGCAAGUAA